AUGCCGUCGUCCCGGGUGCGAGCCGCGCAUCGAAACAAACCAAUGGUCAUUGCCACUGACAGCUAUAAUGUUGUCGGAUCUAUUGGCCGAGCCGAAGUCUAUGGAGUCGUCGGGGGAGUCGCCGUUCCGUUCGCAGUGGACGUGUCACAGAUAUGUGGAAACGUGGAGCCAACUUGUCCACUUCAGCCAGGAAGGUGGCACUCAUACAGGAGGUCCAUAGACAUCGCUCCCACUCAUUCACAGGUCGAUUUCGCCUUCCGGUGGGUACUGAUGGACGCGGUAGCAAAUGUUCUGGUGUCUAGCCAACAAUACUCUCGUGCCACAUUGGCCGUCGGUUGGUGCCAUCAGCCUGGUCCCCUGAAUUGCCGCAUACAACGGAGAAAACGUCUUCCUUCUUAUAUUUUCACGCUGUCCCUCUUCCACCCUACACCAUACAAAGUUGAAUACUCUGCAGGAUUUAGCUCAAGGACUAACCGUUUUGCUGGACAUGCAUCAUACUCAGCAGCGGCUUCUGAAGUCUGUUUUCAAACCCCGAAAUCUCGUCUAAUUAGCUGUAUUUAUUGUUCGCACACUGAAGCAAGCAGAACAACAGAUGGCUCUUGCUCGUACGUUGGAUUCCCUUUUGCUUUGAUAUAUCCAAAUCACUACUCAAACCCGGAACUUCUAUUUGCGGUGCCGCUUAGUCAACCCCAUUUAAACAUUGGACCUCUGAUAGGACCAUGUUCUUGCGUGAGGCCUGACGAUAAAUUCCUUCUCGUCACAACCACAACUCCACCCGACGCAUCAUCCGAUGCCCAGAUGAAGCUGAGUGUUGACGGAAACAAAGAAUGUUGGAAACGUCCGCAAGCUGUUCCAAUUGAUUCGUUCGACUGGACCCCGGAAACAUCUUGUCAGCUAAAUAAUCAGCUUGCAUCGCUGGGCACAGUACUUCGAACAGCGAUUCAGCUGGCCACCUGCUACCCCCAAUCCAGAAUCCUGGCCUCCAACAGAAUAUGGAGCCACCUGCAGUGCCCGAAUGCAUUUCUAUAUUCAAGUGUCAUGGUGCUGACGAAUUUCCACCUUCUCUGUUCAAGGAUUGUGGUGGGAUCCUCAGCCAGUGCCUGUCUAGCCUUUUUGAGUCUAUCUGGGAGAAGUAGUCCAUCCCAGACAACAGGGGGUACUCGCAGUGAAGGUGGUAAACACAGAUGUGUUAAUUUGACGCCUGUUGUAACAAGGCUUCUGACGUCACUGAUUCUUCUUCGUCUCACGGUGACAUGCGAAGACUUGACUCGUGAGAAUCAAGCGCGAUUUCGGCUGCGUUAA